ACCCAUACAACCAACCAAUAAAAAUCCCAAUAUAACCACCCCAUUUCUCUUUCUAUGUCUAUUUUUUCAAACCAAUUCUCUUCAAUGGAAAAAUCGUCUCGAAAAACCGAUCGGCCCGAUAAGGCCAUGACCGAGUCGGAGUUGGCCGCGGCGCAGCAGCUGAUGCAGCUUAGCGACGAAGAUAACAACAAUAACAGCAGCAGCAGCAGCAGCAACAAGAACACUAAGCACGAGGGUGAGGAGGUUGAUCAGAGGCCGUUGAUCAAUGUGAUCAUUUGGGCAAAGAUGGAAGAGAUUUUUGGGAAAGAAGAAGAUGUUGAUCGGCCCAAGAAGCGAAGAUACCGGUCUCUUGCGAGUAUUUAUCUGACGAGCAAACCAGUGAAUGCAGGAUCAGCACAUGGGAAGAAGGUGAGGACAUUUUAAAAGGAGAAACCCUAAUGGGAAUUUUAGCCACUUAGCUAGGAGGAGAAGGGGAUGGGAUUGGCUUAUCUUAGUUAUAACAUCUUUCUUAUCAAUUGCUUUUUUGUACCAAGUAGAGAGAUUGGGCUUUCCCCUUGCUUAAUUGCUGCAUAAUAUUUAGUUUAGAAUGAAUUUAACUUGCCUAAAAUAAUAUUUAAUAAU